AUGGCUCGAAGGAAGAGAACAAGAAGGAAAAUGCCAACGAAUCGAAAGCGGAAGAAGACAGUUGGCACGUCAGCAUCAGGCCUGAAAUCAGUAGUCAAGUGGAAGAUUAUGAUAUCAUCAAUAAUGUUCCUCCUAUGCUGCUCCACAAGUCACGUGCUGGCGGUUCGAAGGGGUCGCCUCAUGUCCCCAAGCACAUUCACAGCACUCAGCGGCGACCUGCAUGUGCAGAUCCAGUUCAGCGAGGACGAUGCACAAUCUUUAAAGGGAAAUGGCAAUAGCAAUAGCAAUGGCAAUGGCAAUGCGAGCGAGACCGAAACAACAGAACGACACUCUGAAAAUCGGAAUCUCAGCAACGCCCACUUGAGCACUGACAGCCCCGGCGUGGGCGUGGGCUCGAGCACGGAGGAGGGCAGGGUGAACACCAUAAUGAGCACUUUAGUCAUUAGCAAAAUCAUUAAUGAUGCUGCAGCUGUGGGAGCGGAAGAGACAACGGCAGAGGGAAGCAACAGGAGCCACGAGGUGGUGCUACAACGCAGGCGCAAAGAGAUUGUCCAGAAUAUUCCGCUCUUUCCGGAUCCGCGACAGAAUGUCACCCAGGUUACGGUGCCUUGUCAGACCUUUGUGCGUGGCGGUCUCUACGAGAUGCAGGUGGUGCGGAAUCUAAAGACAACAACCCUCGAUCACAAUGAUGCAAAUGAUCCUGCAGCAAGAGGAAAAGGAGGAGGAGGAUCCCUGACAACAACAACGUUGAUGCCGUCGCAGGAUGAGCGUUUGCUCCAGACUCUGGACGUGCGAUGGCCCAGUGCUGAGAUGAUUGUGAGUCCUGUGACCCUGCGCACAUAUCCCAAGACAUCCGUGAAUGUCACGCUUCGUUUUCCCGAAGUCAACUGCGAGCGUGCGUUGCAUGGAGAGCAACCUUCACUGCCCGAGUUCUGGCUGGAGCUGGUCUACUGCGGCAAGGAUCGCAGCUGUGCCCACAGCCUCAGCAAUGUGUCCAAGUCGAGUGUGCUCUUUGCGGAGCAGGUGCGGGGAUUUCCCAAGUUCAAGACGCUUCGUUUGGGCUGCGAACUGUUCGGUUUGGCGGGCAACUAUGCUGUCCAGUUGCGGCCCAUGGUGACCUCUCUCAAUGUGCCCAUCACACGGAGGAUGAUCAGCGUGGACUGGAGCGAUGAGUUUGUGUUCAAUGUCUACGCAAGGAGCAUCUUUCCCUGCGAUCCACACUCUGGCGUAGGCGUACUCUAUGAGUAUCCCGGUUGCAUUCUGGAGCAGGGUGAUCGAGUCCGGCUCUUUGCCAAGUUACGUGCCGAUGUCGCCUCUCUAAAGCCGCCUACCUCGCUGCAUUAUGUCGCCGAGCAGCGGGUCGUCAAGAGCCAGCACUCACUGUACUUCAACUGUGAUCUCUUCUCCGAGAAAUAUGUGGAGUACUGCUUCGUCUAUGUCAGCCAGGCCAUUUCCGGUGCCGUUGCGGAUGUGCGUAUGGACUGUGUGCCCACACUGCCCGUCAGUGACUCCGACACUGGCGGCUGGGGCACCUGGAGCGAGUGGACGCCAUGCUCAAGCAAUUGCUUGGGAGGCACACGCAAUCGUUACCGAUUCUGUGAUUCCCCGCCACCGCGUUAUGGCGCCAAAUUCUGUGAGGGUCCUUCCGUGCAAACAGAGAAAUGUCACAAGAGCAUUGCGGAUACCUGGGACUGCAUCUACGAGACAAGCGGCAAUAUGCUAACCAAGUCCAAUGUAACUGAGGUGAAUCAAGAGAUUGGACCUGGUUGUCGUUGCGGUUGCAUUGUUCAUCUGGGCUCUUCGAAGCCCAAACGCAUUAUAGCUGGAGAAACGCAAAGUUGUCCCGGUCGCUCCUUUUGGUUGAUUCAGGUUGAUGGCGAGGACACCAUUGCGAUGCAGCUCAGCUUCCUGCGACUGCCAUGUGGGACACAGUAUAUAAAGGUGCGAGAUGGUCCUUCCUUGUCCUCCACUUUGUUAGUGGAACUCAAUGGUGACGGCUCAACAGGAGCCGGAAUAAGGCGACCCAGUGCUGAAGAGUCCAGCCAUAUCGGUGUUCCGUUGUCUGUCGAGUCCACGGGAGCUCAACUUUUAGUGGAGUUCUUUUCAGGCGAAAUAAACGGAAAUGCAACGUCAAGUGCUGGAUAUGAUGCUGCAUCCUGCACCGGCGGUUUCGUGGCCAAUGUGAAGCAACUGGGUAAAUUAAGGUCCAGAGGCAUGAACAAUAGCAGCACAAUUCUCGCUUCGACAAGACUCUUCGUGAAAAGUCGCACCAGCUUGCAGAAAAAGCCGCUUUCCCGGAUGCGUUUCACUCUGGUUCACCUCAGCGCCAUGAUAUUUGCCACCAUUAUAAUUCUAAUUAGCGCACUUUUGGGUGCUCAGUAUGUGGUGCGUUACCGCAAGUAUCAUUUGGCUGUUGCCCGUCGACAGGAUGAAGGUUCGCAUCUGCACACGCCGCGGGCAUCUCUCAGCUCAUUGCAUGAUCCGCCAUCACGCGCCAUUUCAACGACCACGCUGCUCUCGGAGGUCAUUUAUCUGGUCAAAAUGCGUCCGAAGCGCCAACUGCGACACUCGAUUUUGCGUGAGAGCGCCGAUGUGGAGAAUGUCACCAACGAGACGGAGUUCAAAGAUGCCGAUCCACGCGAGCAAAUGGUGAAAAGUGAGGAUGCAGCUGGUUUUGGUAGCACAACUUCUAUGAUGACUCUGAGGAACGAACACGCCUCGUUGACAUCUCUAUCGCCGGGUACGGAAAGUCUGAGUCCAGUUGGAUCGCCAUCAUCUGGAGAAGCUGAGCUGGAGCUGCAGCGUAUCGAUGAAACAGCAAAGUCUCGAGAUUCACCGACAACUGUCGAGCCUCUCAGCGGUAAGGACAGCGCUAAGGACUCCGAGUCCAUCAUUUCCUCCGGGAUGAGCUCGCUGUGCAAUAGUCCACCUUUGAACAGUAAACGCAUGAGCAAGUACUCGGAUCGCUAUGAUGCAGUGACUCUGAAGCUGCUUAGUUCCCGCCUGGACGAGAGCCUGCGAGAUGCCAAAUCUCUAAACUCGGGCUCUGGUUCGCUGUGCUUGGGUCGCAUGGGAUCACGUAGCGUAAGCGCUUCCCUAACCAACGGCUGCUAUUCACCUGCCGCGAGUGUGGUCAGCACGGCCACCAUACGCACAACCAGCAAUCCUAAGGAGUCCAAGGAUCAACAGAAUCGUAAGAAGCUACUGACACGACCCGGAUCUGAGUUCUCGCUGGGUAAUCAGGAGGAACUAGAGAUGGACUACUAUGAUUAUAAUGUUAUCAAUGCGGGUGCAGCUCCUGGUUCCUAUCUGGGCAUGGAUCCGGCCUAUUGCAUUUGGAUACCACCGUUUGAGGAGACACCAGAGCGGGAGGACGAGGAUAAGACACCCGAGCCAGCGUCUGUGUCCGAUGAAACAAAUCCAUUGUAUGAGGAAAUACAAAUGCCCAAGUAUGGACACUAUCUGUGCCCUGGCAGCAAAGGCACAACGGCAGACAACACUCCCAGCUCCGAGGAGCGCUCUUUGCCCAGCAGCCAGCAGCAGUCCAAGGCAACCUCGCCCAGCGAGCCGAACCAGAAGAGCGCCACAUCGCAGAAAACUCCAACCAAGCAGUCGACUCCUUAUAUGUCCAGAAAGCAGCGUCGUCAGGCCAGGCAACAAUUGAAACUGAACGCUGAGUUGGGAUCUGGAACCCUGCGGCCAAAUUUAGCGACUAAUAAGCCAACAGAGAUUGCUGCAGUGCAUCAGAGCCUGACGAAGAUGAGCGACAGCUUGGACUCAAGUCAAUCCAUGACUGGAUCGUAUGUGGAAAAGGAGACUCUUGUGGAGAAGUCGUCGAGUGAUCUGAAAGAGUAUCUUGACCUGGACGACAUUCAGUUCGCCGAUGAAAGUGGCAGCGAUUACGAGGCAGCUACUCUAAAACAUCAGGUCAUGGAUGGAGCAAGAAGAACAAAGUCAAAAGAAGCUGCAGUCUAGGGAAUAAUCCAAUAGCUUGUAUAUAGAAUAGUUGAACUAAGGAUAGUACGUGUUACGGGUAGAUACAUAUAUCAGCAGUAUGCGUAUAAGACCACCAAUAGGUUAGAUUCAAGACGAUUUCAACUUAAAUUAAGUCAGUUUCAUUAACAAAUCGAGUAGAGCUCAAGUAGUGUUUUAAUUAUCUAUUAAAAUCAUUUCAAAUAUAUGUAAAUAUUUCAAUAGAUUAUUUAUUUAUACAUAAAACUAGUCAUUAGUUUAAGUUUAUGCUUUGUACCCGUAUCAAUUGCCAUAUUCAACUUGAAAACUCUUUAUUGCGGCCUUUUUGUGAUUAUUUAUUGUAUACUAAUCAAAA